CCGAAGUGGGAGUUUGUCUCUGAUGCACCCAGAGGAAUGAAAGGCAGGACUGUGGCUUCCUUGGUGCAAUCUUCAAACAGGAAAUCUGAUUCACAACAUCUUAUAGCUUGGCUUGUCACCAGUGGUCAUGCGGUGGGCCCAAAAUAAACUCCCCGCUUCAAGGGACAGCGUUUCAGAACUGCCUGGCACAGUAGCCAGCAGCUCGGGGCCAGGGCAGAAAGAAAACUCAGGCAGCAUGUUCUGAAUUCAGACACUCAAGAAGAUCUUUUCUGUUGCCCUGAACUGUGCCCUUGCUUCUGAGCCUAACAGGGUCUUCUAAUUUGCUAUUCCCUCCUCCCUGCUGAGUGUCUCUUCUGGAGGCAAGGGUGAAGGGUGGAAGAGAUGGCGAUGCAGAUCAGUUCUCGGGGCAGAGAGCGUGCCAUCGGGAAUGAAGAAUACAGCCUGUACAGCAGCCUGAGCGAGGAGGAGCUGAUCCAGAUGGCCAUCGAGCAGAGCCUGGUGGACAAGACAAGGGGCUCAACCCUUCCUGAGGGCACUGGGUCAGCACGGGCCAACCACCAGCCUGCCCAUUUCUACCCAUGGACCAGGUCCACAGCGCCUUCCGAGAGCCUGCCGGCCCGGUCCUCCAUGGGUUUGUUCCAGGGGGUCAUGCAGAAAUACAACAGCAGCCUCUUCAAGACCUCCCAGCUGGCGCCCAUGGACCCUGUGCUAAAGGCCAUCAAGGAAGGCAAUGAAGAGGCCUUGAAGGCCAUGAUCAAGGACGGGAAGAAUCUGGGAGAGCCCAACAAGGAGGGCUGGCUGCCGCUCCAUGAGGCUGCCUACUACGGCCAGCUGGGCUGCCUGAAGGUCCUGCAGCAAGCGUACCCAGGGGCCAUCGACCAGCGCACCCUGCAGGAGGAGACAGCCCUGUACCUGGCGACAUGCAGGGAGCACCUGGAUUGCCUCCUCUCGCUGCUCCAGGCCGGGGCCGAGCCUGACAUCUCCAACAAGUCCCGGGAGACACCACUCUACAAAGCCUGUGAGCGCAAGAACACGGAGGCGGUGAGGCUGCUAGUGCAGCACCACGCGGACACCAACCACCGCUGCAACAGGGGCUGGACAGCACUGCACGAGUCCGUGUCUCGAAAUGAUGUGGAGGGCAUGGAGAUCCUGGUGAGCGGCGGAGCUAAGGUGGAGGCCAAGAACGCCUACGGCAUCACGCCCUUGUUUGUGGCCGCCCAGAGUGGGCAGCUGGAAGCCCUCAGGUUCCUGGCCAAGCACGGUGCUGACAUCAACACGCAGGCCAGUGACAGCGCGUCUGCCCUCUAUGAAGCCUGCAAGAACGACCACGAGGAGGUGGUGGCAUUCCUGCUGUCACAGGGUGCAGAUGCCAAUAAGGCCAACAAGGACGGCUUGCUGCCCCUGCACAUCGCCUCCAAGAAGGGCAACUACAGGAUAGUGCAGAUGCUGCUGCCAGUGACGAGCCGCACGCGCGUGCGCAGGAGUGGCAUCAGUCCGCUGCACCUGGCUGCUGAGCGCAACAACGACGGGGUGCUGGAGGCGCUGCUGGGCGCGCGCUUCGACGUGAACGCGCCGCUGGCUCCGGAGCGCUCGCGCCUCUAUGAAGACCGCCGCAGCUCGGCGCUCUACUUCGCUGUGGUCAACAACAAUGUGUACGCCACCGAGCUGCUCCUGCAGGCCGGCGCCGACCCCAACCGCGACCUCAUCAACCCGCUGCUCGUGGCCAUCCGCCACGGCUGCCUGCGCACCAUGCAGCUGCUGCUGGACCACGGCGCCAACAUCGACGCCUACAUCGCCACGCACCCCACGACCUUCCCGGCCACCAUCAUGUUCUCCAUGAAGUGCCUGUCGCUGCUCAAGUUCCUCCUGGACCUCGGCUGCGAUGGCGAGCCCUGCUUCUCCUGCCUAUACGGCAACGGCCCACACCCGCCUGCCCCGCAGCGCUCCAGCAGGUUCAGCGAAGCCUACACCACGGACAAGGCGCCCGGCAUGGUCCAGUUCUGCGAGAUCCUGUCGGCCCCGGAGGUGAGCCGCUGGGCAGGGCCCAUUAUCGAUGUGCUUCUGGACUACGUGGGCAACGUACAGCUCUGCUCUCGGCUGAAGGAACACAUCGACAGCUUUGAGGAGUGGGCGGUGAUCAAGGAGAAGGCAGAACCUCCAAGACCUCUGGCUCACCUUUGCCGGUUGCAGGUUCGAAAAGCCGUUGGGAAAUGUCGUCUAAAACUCUUGGACACGUUGCCACUCCCGGGCAGGCUGAUUAGAUACCUGAAAUAUGAGAACACCCAGUAGUGGGCCUUGGGAAAAAGGAGUGGCCCCUUGACUGUUUCCAUGGCAAGAUGGCAGCAUCCCCGGUUCAAGGGCACUGGAGACAGAACAGGGCUGCAGGUUGUCUCCCUCUCAGCCGGGUCUGCACCAGCACUCUGUUCAGAGUGGAGAGCACAGUGUGUCCAGUAGGAGAAGAAUCGUGCGUUUGCAAAUUGUUGAGUUGAUCCCAGACCAAAUGGCAAAGACCUCUGUCCAGGGCAGAACUCAAGGUGGUCUGGGAAAAGGAGGGGCCACGGAGGGUCCCCAGCCUCCACCUGAACUGUGGCUGGAGACCUUCUAGGAACGAGUUUGCCUUUCCAGAAGGACCUCUCUUCAGAGCAUUCCCUGCACCCCUACCUGUCUCUGUGAAACCCUCCACCGGAUCUCAGCCAGGGAGGGACCCUCGGUCCCGGGGGCUCCUCUGAGUACAAUAAAUGUUGCACAUGUGA